UGCGCGUCACUCCCGGGAAAACCUGCGGGGGUAGAUGCGCGCGAGAAACAAAUACUGCCUCCGGAACAGACGGGAGUAGCCGACUAGCAAUCAGGAAGAGUUUGUUCGCGCAUGCAAAUGUUGUAAAGACGGUUUAGACAACCAUUUACUUGUAGAAACCAUAUGCACAACGAAAGUGCAAACAUUUAUUUAUUUGAUUUUUGGAUUCUUACAAGGCGGCGGGGAAAUGUCCUGGUGGACGCGCGGUGAGGAUGGGGAAGAGACGGUGUAUCAGGACACGGAUUCGGACGUGGCUGAACAGCGAGAGAGUGGAAAGGUUAAGGUGAAAUGGACACAGGAGGAGGAUGACAAUUUGCGAAGUUUGGUGCAACGCAUUGGACCUAAUGAUUGGAAGAACAUAGCUGGCUACCUACCAAAUCGUACCGAACAUCAGUGCCAGAAUCGCUGGUUUAAAGUCCUGGACCCAGAUCUGGUAAAGGGCCCCUGGACAAAGGAGGAAGAUGAGAAGGUGAUAGAACUUGUGAAUAAGUAUGGCAACAAGCAGUGGGCCAUGGUGGCCAAACACCUUAAGGGCAGGUUGGGUAAACAGUGCAGAGAGCGCUGGCACAACCACCUCAACCCCGAUGUGAAGAAGUCCUCAUGGACAGCCGAGGAGGACCUGAUCAUCUUCAAGGCUCACUGCAUGCUCGGCAACCGCUGGGCCGAGAUCGCCAAGCUACUCCCCGGGAGAACAGACAACGCGGUGAAGAAUCACUGGAAUUCCACCAUAAAGCGCAAGGUGGAGAUGGGCUGUUAUAGCGGGGAGGACAUUGCCCUGAAGAUUGUCCCUCAGCUGGAACAGGGAGAGGUCUCCGUUCAGCACAGUAAUGACCAAGAGAUGGAGUUUCAAUGUGAGGUUGUUCCAGAAGCAGAUACUGAGCAGGAAGCCAUAGAACAGGUGAGAGAGUCUUCCCAUCCCUCCACUGCGUGUCCUACAAGGGAAGUAGCCACCCCCAAGUCAACAUCUCCCCACCAUCUUCGAGGGGGGCAGACCCCCAAAAGCGAGUCGGACCCCGCAGGAGAGGGAAACACCAGCCGCUGGGUGGUGGACAGCACAGGCUUCCUCUCUCCCACAUCUGGCCCUGCCUUCAAGGAGGUGCUGGAGCUAAUGGAUGAGGACUUGGAGGAGUGGUGUGACCCCACAGUCUUUGACCUGGCGGAGGAGAGCCAGGGCUCUGAGCUGCUGCAGUUCCGUCUGGAAGGCAGCGCACUGCAGGAGCUAAGCCGGGGCAGCCGAGGAGAACUGAUCCCCAUCUCUCCCGGAGCGGCCACUCCCCCCUCCAUCCUGACCCGCCGCACCCGCCGCUGCAUCAGCCUCUCCCCUGACGCCAACGACUCCAUGACCCCCAAGAGCACCCCCGUCAAGAUCCUGCCCUUCUCCCCCUCUCAGUUCCUCAAUAUGUGGACCAAGCAGGACUCAUUAGACCUGGAGAACCCGUCCCUCACAUCUACGCCUGUCUGCAGCCAGAAGGCCAUUGUCACCACACCCUUGCACCGGGACAAGACCCCGCUUACCCAAAAAGAGAACUCUGUAUUUAUCACACCCAACCAUAAAUCAGAUUUUGACACCACCCCCCGCACUCCAACACCCUUCAAAAAUGCCAUGGAAAAAUAUGGCCCCCUACGACCUCUGCCUCCUACUCCAAACCUUGAAGACUUAAAGGAAGUCCUACGUAGCGAGGCUGGCAUUGACCUGAUUGUGGUGGAUGAGCCCCCUGCUGAGCAGAGACGCAAGCAGGCGCAUCGACCCCCUAUGAAGAAAGUGCGCAAGUCCCUGGCACUUGAUGUUAUGGACUGCAAUGAUAAUAUAGCUUCCAGACUCCAGCCUGCUAACACCAACAUUAGCAGCCCAAAGCAAGAUGGAAGUGUUCUGGAUCAGGGAUUCAUCCUGGCUCCAAGUGAGAGUGUUUCCGAUCCAAGCCCAGCACCUCCAACUCCGAUGUCACAGGCGUGGGAAGCAGUGGUUUGUGGACGCACAAAGGACCAGCUUAUCAUGACAGAGAAAGCCCGCCGUUACCUACGAUCACUGCAACCCAACCCCCCGAAUCGUGCGCUCAUCCUGUCCUGAGUCCAGGGCAUCUCUUAUGGCUUGCUCUUUAUUUCCCCUUUACUGUCCAAGGGCAAAUUUAAUAUUAAGAUAGAUCUCCCUAAUCUAUAUAUAAUCAAUUCACCUAAUCUGGCCAAGGAUUGAAUAUUGUUGAACAUUGAGAAAUGUCUGAAUUAUUUUCUUAUUUGCAGUGAAAUAUAGUGGUAAUAUUGAAGUGGUCAGCUUUUUUCUCAAAUGUUCAUGUACCAUUUUUUGCAGUAUUGAUUACUGUUAUAAUCAGGAAAUUUGCCAUCUUUCUCGAAUACCUUGCAGUACUGCUAUAUGCCAAUAAUGUGUAUUUACCUUCCCUGCCCUAACUGUAGAUAAAGCCAAUUUCCCAUUGAAUGUGUAUGCCACUCAUUUUCAUCAUUUAAGUAUUCAGGCUAUACUUCAUUUUUUUCUGUAUCCUUGCGUAUUUAAACUUGUUAAAUUCUCAGUUUAAAAAAGUAAUUGCUUCAUUUGGUGGUAUUUUCUUUGUCAUCAUCUGCCUUUUUGAUUGUGUUUAUAUUGUUUAACAUGUCAUUGAUUCACACUUAAGGUUAUGCUCAUAACUGUAAACAAAUAUAAUGUUGGUAGUGGUUUAAUUAGCUGUUUUGAUUAGUACAAAAAUGACCAGCUAGCUAAAUAUAGCAAUAGGUUGUGCUAUGUUUUUAGUUACUGUGUAUUACCUUGUUCUUUUGUAAAAGGUUUGUCAGGGAUUUCACUGUUUACAUGUCCUUAGGGAACAUAAGAGGUUCUUAGUUUUGAUAUCUAAAUGUGUUACAUUUGUGUCAGUGAACUUAACAAGGCAGGAAUUGAAUACAAGACCAUGAUGAAAAGCGCGCCAUGUGUAAACACCCUAGUACUAGGCUCUGAUAGCCAUGGUGUCAGGUCUGCAUUCUCCUUCUGUCCUCAGAUGUGAGUUAUGGUGCAAGGAGUUUCAAUUGUUUACAGCAAUUUUGAAAUGCCAGUAUAUUCACAUAGUGAAUGCAGGAAAUACCCCGAUCAAGGUCAAAUGCCUCAGUCUCUAUUUAUGCUGCACAAAAGUGUUCAUCCAAAUUGAGAUCCUGUUCAAAAGUGAUGUAAUACAGAUGCAUAAUUCCAUUAUGUAUGAUUGCAGUGUAAGUGCUUAAUUCAGAAAUUGUAUAUUUGUACAAUGACAAAUGGGGGGGGGGGGGAACUUGUACAUAAAAGCAUUAAAAAU